AUGGAUGAUUAUGAAGAAAAUAAGGACAUGUGUCCUAUCUGUAAAACUGAUAGAUAUUUAUCACCAGAUGUGAAAUUCUUAGUCAAUCCUGAAUGUUAUCAUAAAAUUUGUGAAUCAUGUGUAGAUCGUAUCUUUAGUUUGGGUCCAGCUCAAUGUCCAUAUAAGAAUUGUAGUAAAAUUUUAAGAAAAAAUAAAUUUAAGACUCAAAUUUUUGAUGACGUUGCUGUAGAAAAAGAAGUUGAUAUUAGAAAAAGAGUCUUUAAUGUAUUUAAUAAAACGUUAAAGGAUUUUGAUAACAAUUUGGAUGAAUUCAAUAAAUAUUUAGAAGAAAUUGAAGAUAUGGUCUAUAAUUUAGAUCAUGGUAUUGAUGUUGCAAAGACAGAAGAAAAAGUUCGUACAUACGAAGAGUUAAAUAAGCAAUUGAUUAUAGCCAAUAUUGAAAGAAAUAAAGAAGAUCUAGAAAACUUUCAGCAAAGAGAACAAUUCGAAAAGGAAAUUAAACUGAAAAAGAGAAUGCUAGAGAAACAAAUAAGAGAAGAAGAUCGUUCAAAUAAAGAAUGGGUGAAGAAAGAAAUUGUAAAUAGAUUGGAAAAGGAUGAAAAUGAGGAUGUGGAUGAUGUAAUUAAAGGUGUUAAAAAUACUGUUAAAUUGAAAAAAUCUUCUGCUCGUAGAAAAUUGGAGGAAUUAAACAGAGUAUUGAAGAACAAUCCUUACAUAAAUUCAAAUUCUAAAAGCAGAAAUAAAGAUAAAACCCCAUUCACACCUUUCAAUGGUGAUAAGGAUAUUCACCCAAGAUACAAAUUAGACAAAGAAGCUUAUAAUGACCCAUUCAUUAAAGGGUUGUCUACAAGAAAGGAGUUUAUUGCUUCUGGGUUUAGAUCGGAAUAUAUUUACGCAAGAGUCCUUACAGAAGCUUUUAUGGGCUUAGGCUGUGUAAUAAAUGAAGAAUUGCAAGCAACUUAA